GGAAAGUGGAAGGAUGUAAGUAACUAGCAAUAAUAAUUAUUUCAAGCGUAAAACUUAAUAAGGUGCAGUAGGAAAUUUUUAAUUGAAUUCGUUUUUCGCACUUUGUUGUGAUGUAUUCAGUCGCAUUAAACCUAAACGGUUUUAUUUUAUACAGUUAUUUCGGUAAGAGAGAAUGUGACGCCUAUGCAUUGUGGUCAAAUCGCCGAUAUAUCGUUUGGAUGAUAUUAAAACGUCUUUAUAUGUAUAUCGCUGAGAACCUGUGAAUUUAGUCGAUCUGUUUCAAGCCGUAAUUGUGGAAGUCUUGGCGUAUUUUUCGAAUAAUUUGCAAAAUCGAACCUGCUGUGGCUCCAGCAGUUGUGUGGACGUUUUGAAAUGAAGCAAACGAUUGUGUUUUUGCUUAUUUUUUUGGCUACAUGUUAUUCUGCACAAGUUGGAAAUAAAUGCACCAUAAGGGAGACGUCUAGAAGGGGGACGUGUCAAAAAGAACGAAAUUGCCCGGGCGUGCAAGAAGAUGCCAAAAAAGGCAUAAGGCCCACGUUAUGCGGAUAUUACGAUUUGAACGGCCUAAUCGUUUGUUGCGAGAAACCGGUCGAAGUUAACGAUUUAACAUCAAUAAACAUUAACAACAAUUUCGGAGAAAUUACCGAAAAUUCGAACAGAAAACUCAGAAUAAGCGAAGAAAAAUGCCAGGAAUAUAGUAGGCCAGUUCAAUUAGUCCUUUCUGUAUUGCCGUUAGUAUCUGAUGUGACACCUGUUAAUAUUACUGUUCCAAAUUGUGAUUACAAUACUGUUCCAUUGAUAGUUGGUGGAUUGCCCGCAGACCCAGGUGAAUUUCCGUUUAUGGCCUUGGUAGGUUUCAAUUCGUCGGAUAAUCCUUGGAGAUGCGGUGGCACUUUAAUCAGCGAUCGUUUUGUACUCACGGCAGCUCACUGCACUUUUACCAGAGAUGCUGGUAAACCUGCCCUGGUCCGUCUCGGAGAACUAGAUUUAAGCAGCGAAAACGACGGGUCCCAAUACAAAGACUAUUACUUAUCGAGAGUAAUAACUCACGAUGGAUACAAGUAUCCAGAAAAAUAUAACGACAUCGCUCUGCUCGAGACGAGAGACAAGAUAGUAUUUACUCAGUUUAUUAGACCUGCUUGUUUGUACACUCGCAAAGACAUUAACAACGACAAGGCUUUGGCGAUGGGAUUCGGGAAAAAUGCCUUCGCUGGAGAAUUCAGCGACAAGCUGAUGAAGGUUUCGUUGGAUCUGUUCGAUAACCAACGUUGCAUGAGGACGUAUCCAGCUAAUAAUAAGGAACUUCCUAGAGGUAUUAUUUCAACGAUGUUGUGUUCCGGAGUUCUGACCGGCGGGCAUGAUACUUGUCUUGGCGAUUCGGGCGGUCCUUUGGUGGUUACGAAAAAAGGGAAUAUGUGCCAAUUUUUCGUCGUAGGAAUAACUUCGUUUGGUAAACUUUGUGGGCAACGUAACACCCCAGCUAUUUACACGCGUGUAUCGGAGUACGUUGAUUGGAUAGAAGAACGAGUGUUUAAGUAAUUUUUGUAUUUUUACUUUUUUUUAUACUUAAUAUUUUUGACGAAAUGAUUUAUUACACACAAUUAUUUUUUUUUAAUCACAA